AUGGAUGCCGAGAAGCAGAAGGCGGAAAGCGGGGCCGAACACCAGAAGAAGGCAAAAGUAUUCCAGGAAGCAGAACUGAAAGUACAACACUUGGAGGAACGCAACCGACGUAGCAUCCACAAAUCGAGGCCAUACUUUGAGGAGAAGCAACUAUGCCAGGAACAGCUGGAAGCACAGAAAGGCCGUAUCCAGCAGCUGGAGGAUCAGAUCGCUGCUGCCAAAACUGCCUACGGGACGGCUCUGCGGAAUUUGGAGCAAAUCAGUGAGGAGAUUCACAAGCAACGGGGUGACCUAAGCCUUGCAGCUCCGUCCGGUCCCCGGGAGCCCGGCGUGGGAGCCGAACUGUCCAACCUGCCUCCGUCGUCGAGUUCGAUGAAGCUGAGCUCACCUGGUGCAAGUAGUUGUUGUAACUACAGCAACUUCAGCUGUAAUAUGCCGGACAUAUCGACUGAGCUGGAUAAGUGCGAGAUUCACUCGGUGGGAAGUACCUCGUUGGCAACCAGUUCUGCCGUCAGCGAAAAGGAUCCAACCGAGGAUGACUACAUGAACGAUGCGGAUCUUAAUCUGGAACUACUCAGGCAGAAAGUGAAAACACUAGCCGUCCGUCCGGUUGAAGGUGGCGAUGGCCAACAGCAGGAACAGGAUGUUUGGGAGCAUGAACUGAACGCCACCGUAGAUAAGCUGGACCACCUAAUGAUGCUGCGAGAGUGCUCUGCCAGUAGUAUAAAUGGUGCCUCGCUCGGCGAUAGCAGCCAAACCAACAACUACGCCAGUCUGCCAACCACUCCAAAACACCACCAGCAGCUAUCACCCGUGUUGGCGGAGAAGCAAAAAAUUAAAAUGUUCAAAAAAUUGGAUCCCCUUCCGCUUGCAAAUGUCUCGAUGUAUGCGCUUCCAACCUACCUUAGCAGCAGCGGCAGUGGGAUGACCCCCACCUGCUCAGGUAUUCCUUCAGUUCCUAUGGGAUACAAUGAUCUAGUGACGCCCCGUAACGAAACCGUUGCACCCAUUCUUGGGUACAAGAGCAAACGGAAGAUGUCCAUGUAAAGUUUGUGGUAACUAUAGUUAGCUGGUAAGCAAA